UUCAACAUUCAUAUCAACAAAUAAAAAAAUCCAAUUCAGAAAGUUGAAUUGUCAUCACAGUACCACACAUAAGACCAUACAUUACUAAAACAAUUCCAUUAUUGUAUAUGUCAUGUGUUAAUUUGUUUAUAUUUUGAAACGAAGUAUAAAGCAAUACAUCUGUGAUAUUAGAACAUAGAAAAGAUGAGUGAAGGGGGACGUACUUUGGUCGAUAAGUCUGAGAGCAGUUCGUUUGAGGACUUGGCUUCGGCAGCUGCCCAUGAGAUUGAAGAAGCUAAACUUGCUGAAGCGGCUGCGGCAGAAAAGACCCACGGAGAACAUGAUAAACCAGCUGAUGAGUGGCAGGACAUGUUAGGUUCAGGGGCGUUACUGAAAAAGUUCAUUAAAUCAGGGGAUGAAUCGAACGGGUCGAGACCUCAGAGAAGUGAUAUAUGCAGGAUCAGCUAUGAACUUAAAUUGCGAGAUGGCACCCAAAACAUUGUUGAGAAAAGGGAUCAUGUCAAAAUUUACUUGGGAGACAAUGAAGUACUCCAAGGAUUGGACUUAGCUUUAACACUUAUGUACAAAGGUGAAGCGUGCCGGUUACAAAUAGCACCUAGGUUCGCCUAUGGAGAUAUUGGCCUAAAACCAGGCGAGAGCCUCGGCUUGGUUGGCGAAGUCGAUGGACCUAAGUAUGAAGGAGCAACUAUAGAUCGCGACACGUGGCUUGAAGCACGUCUGGAGUUGCACGAUUGGACCGAGGAACCCGACCAUGAUACUUUGCCUAUCGCUGAAAGAAUGGAAAUCGGGAUACGUCGUCGGUGUCGCGGCAACUGGUGGUACGGCCGUGGCGAAGCUCAGUUAGCGGUGCAGUUGUACCGACGAGCCCUUGACGUGCUCGACGAAAGUGAAGGGGGCAUUACCGACCCCACUCCCAACGGGGAGAUGGUUCACACCACUGACGCCUUGCACGCGCUGUUACAAGAGCGCUUGCGAGUUCACAACAACAUGGCCGCUGCGCAGUUGAAGGCAGGCGCUUAUGACGCCGCUUUGCAGGCCGUUACGCGAGUUCUAACCUGCCAGCCCGAUAACGCUAAAGCACUGUACCGCAAAUCGCGCAUCCUAACCGCCAUGGGGCGUAACGCCGAAGCCCUAGAAGCUGCCCGCGCGGCCGCCAGCGCAGCCCCCGACGACGUCGGAGUCCGAAAAGAACUUUCCAAAUGCGAGCAAAAAGCUACAAGGGAUCGAUCCGUUGAACGAAGACUUGCCAAGAGGAUGCUGGGAACUAGUGACCAAUCAAAACCGUCUCCAGAUAAGAAACCGUCCAGAGCCAAGAUGUUUGUAUGGGGCUCUUUCCUUCUGAGCCUCCUCGUCGGCGUCGCUUCAGUGCUGGUGUACCGGUACAAGAUGCAGUCACAAUGAUGCUUCCAUCCACUACGAUAUAAAGUCCAGUGAGUAAAAAAACGGUUGAGGUGCAUAGCGGGUCAAGAUAAAUCUAACAAUCACGUUAGAACAAAUAAAUAUUGCCUAGGUUAAACAAGUUUAUUAGUAUCCGUAUAAGAUUUGGAUGCACGCAAUCGUUGGCCUUUAAUAAUAAACCGAUAUCAAGUUCUCAGUUAUCGGUCAAUGUAUUGCUUAAUACCGAUCAUGAUAACCUGUCCUUAGCUUGAUAUCGGUUAAUUGAUACGCUCGUACACUAGUUAUUGAGUAUCGCAACAGUUUAAAAUGAAACGUAUAACCUUGUGUAAAAGCUCAAAUUCGUCUACAGCCAGCGCUCUUGGAAGAACGUUUGUUAAAGAACAGAAUUUUCGACUCUAAUAAGAGUAUUAUUAGGAUCAUUUUGCUUUGACGUAAUAUAGUUUUGAUACUUGAAAAUUACUGCGAUUGGGGCCGUGCAAAUCUUUUAUUGAGAGUACAGUGACAAUCUACCUUACAAAGGAUGAUGAGUCGGUAAACAUCGAUGAAAAAGUAAAAGUAUAAAAAACAUUGCAAACAUUUAUUUUUAUAUAUCGAAUUUUAUGCGUUCUCAAGUCGAUCAGACUAGAAAAUUGCAUUUCUUUUUUUAUUUCGCAUCGUCAUAUAUUUAAGCGAUAGGCAGCGAAAAAAGUGACUUUGCUAGUUUCCUGUGUAAUUUGUAUGUGGAUAAAUAAAACGGAAUUACUAGGAGUACACCAACAGAAAUCUGAAGCUGUGUGAAUUUUAGCUAGUUAUUACCGAAUAACAGUUUAAAAAGUUUUGUAACACUCGCCUUCUGAAAGAUUAAGCUAAAAUAGCUGUCAAAGUUGACAAUCGAUCAACGCUGACAGGUGAUGUAGAUUUCUGCUGAUCGAGUUGAACGUGUUAUUUGGAAAUUUAACAUAAUAAUCUUUUGUUAACAUAUCGCACUUUUGGCUACCCAAUUUUACUGUCAGUGCAGCAGACAAAGAUAAUAAAGUUGUAUAUAAUACAAACGGGUAUGAAAAGCUUGUCGUAAUAAGGAAAUCUACCAGGGAUUCAGAUAAAAAUACAAUAGAUAGAGAGAAACGAUUCGCGAAUUGUUAUCAAUACUGAUUAUUGAUAAAAAAUUGCGUUGCAGAAAAUGUUUCUAAAAAUCAAGUCAAUUUAGAAUGCUGCAAGUCGUUCACAUAUUAUGACGUAGUAAAUUUUGUAAUUAUAUGUAUUUAUAUAACUUCCGUUACACUUCUACGAGAGUAGCUAAUAUUUGUAUCUAUUUUUUUAUUGUAUAAAAGGGUUUGUAGGUUAGAUUAAUAGAAACAGAACGUAGGUACCAUUGUAUUUGGAAAUAUUGAAUGGUUUAGAGUUUAAAUAUUAUAUAUUAUAUAAAUAUUAAAACUAUUUUGUUAAACAAUUAUGUCAUAAUAAUAUAAUUUAAUUGAAUGCUGGUCAACUAUUUGAAUGUUUUGGAACGAUUCGUUUAAAUUGUUUUUGGGCUGCAUAUUUAGGGAAUGUCUAAGGGUUGCGAGAUAAUAAUACUGUAUAAAAUAAGGGCGUAACCCGAUUAUUGAGACUUUUAGGGAUGCCAAGGAAUAAUU